AUGUCAGCUUCAGCAGCAGCUCCGAGACCAGCUUCCACCAAGUGUCUUUUAAGGAUAGAAGCCUCAACGCCAAGUCCAGCCUCAGCAGAUACGAGUCCCAAGACAUCAAGAUCGGCAGCUGCUCCAAGACCAGCAUCGACCAAGUGUCUCUUGAGAAUAGAACCUUCGGCUCCAGCACCAAUUCCAGCGGAAGCAAGUCCAGCAAUGUCAGCUGCAGCGGCACCGCCAAGACCAGCGUCAACUAAUCCUCUCUUGAGGAUAGAAGCAUCAGCGCCAGCGGCAAUACCAGCAGAAGCAAGACCAGCAAUAUCAGCUGCAGCGGCAGCUCCAAUGCCGGCCUCGACCAAGUGUCUCUUAAGAAUGGAUGCAGCACCGCCAAUUCCAGCUUCAGCUCCUCCGAUAGGAGUGUCGAGUCCAGCACCAAUACCGGCAGCAGCGUCAGCCAAACCUCUCUUGAGAAUGGAACCCUCAGCUCCGGCGGCAAGACCAGCCGAAGCAAGACCAGCAAUGUCAGCUUCAGCGGCAGCUCCGAGACCGGCUUCGACCAAGUGUCUUUUAAGGAUAGAAGCAUCAGCUCCAAGUCCAGCUUCGGCAGAAACGAGUCCCAAGACAUCGAGAUCGGCAGCAGCUCCAAGACCGGCCUCAACCAAGUGUCUCUUGAGAAUAGAAGCGUCUGCUCCAAUUGCAGCAGCGGCGUCAGCAACUGGAGUGUCAAUUUCGGCAGCAAUGCCUGCGUCAGCUGAGAUCAAAUGUCUCUUAUUCAAGUCGGUAGCAUCGAUCUGA